AUGGGCCAACAUAAGUGGAAGAGAACCAGGUCACCUUGUCCUGAUGCUAGUAAAAAAUCUAGGAGCUUAGCUGCUGCUAGAAAACAAGAUGUUGCACAUAAUAAAAGAGCUACCAGAUCAUUGAUUGGUGAAAAAGAAACACUUGAGAAUAGUGGUGAAAAGUCAUGUGAAGAAGAAAAAAGUGGCAAGAGUGCAACUAAGCAAUCAAGUGAAGAGGAAAAAGUGGUGAGCGUGCAACUGAGCAUUUGGGUGAAGAAGAAGAUAAAGCUAUGGCUGGUGACAUGGGUGGUAACCAGAAAAGAACAACGACAUGAUCAAGAGGAUGCUCAAUCAGUAGCCGUUGCUAGAUCAAGUAAUGAUACUACUGGUGGUGAUAAUUCCAAGGGUACUGGAUCAUUAGAUAAUAAUAGUGAUCCCAAUGCUCUUUCGGUUCCAGAAUGUGUGAAGAUCAUUUCCACUGAAAAGUAUGGAUUUAAGACCCACUUGAAUAUGUUUAGGCCUUAUGAUUCAAGGACCAAUGUGAGAGUCAGCUUUGGAACUCAAUUUGUUGAGUUUAGAAAGGUUUUGAUCGACCAGCGUAUUGAGAAUAGUGUUAGAAAAACUUGUUCUGGUCACUUUUUAAACUUGAAGAAAGAUGUAGCAGUACAUCUCCCAAUGAAGUUGAUGCACGGCCUUCUUCUUCGGCGAUUUUUUUGUGAAAAGAAAAUGGAAAUUUUGUGUGAUUACAAUGACUUGCAUAAUUGUUUCGGCAUCAAUGAAUUCGCUAUCAUGACUGGACUUCGAUGCCAUUCUCUUCCCCUUCUUAGUCAGCAGUUAGAAAAGAUUAAAGAAAAGGGUACAAGUUUGGUUUAUCAUUUUUUCUCCUAUGACGUUACUGCUCCACUCCGCUGCUGCCAUUGUUGGGCUGUUUUUGAGCAUUUUCCGCUUUUCCCCGCGACCUCUGGGUUGCAUUUGUUUCAAUUUAUCUGUUGCUACUUUGUUUUUGUUCACAUAAUGGCUGCUCUUAAUUUAGUUUGA